AUGACGCCGGAAACUCACGUCACUCCUCCUCCACCGUCCUUCAGGCUCCGCUGUGACGUCUUCCUCAGCUUCCGCAGAUACGACACGUGCCACACCUUCACCAUCAACCUCCAACGAGCGCUCCUCGGCCUCGGCCUCGGCCUCCGCGUCUUCCCUGACGACCAUGGCCUCGAGCGCGGCGGCGAUAUCCAGAAGAACCUUCUGGCGGCCAUCGAAGACUCUGCGGCCUGCGUGGUGGUUCUCUCUCCCGAUUACGCGUCCUCGCACUGGUGCCUGGAAGAACUGGCCAAGAUUUGCGAGGUUGAGAGGCUCGUCCUUCCCGUAUUCUACUGCGUCGACCCUUCGGAUGUCAGAAAGCAGAAGGGUCGUUCCUUCGAGGGAGCUUUCGCGUCCCAUGCAGAGAGGUUUUCCCAAGAGAGUGUUCAGCAGUGGAGGGAUGCCAUGAAAAAAGUGGGAGGAAUCGCUGGUUAUGUUGUUGAUGAACAAAGUGAUAGUGACAAGAUUGAUAACCUCAUUCAGAUUUUGGUGCAAACGCUUCUGAAGCAGAUGAGAAAUACACCUCUGAAUGUGGCUCCGUACACAGUUGGGCUAGAAGAAAGAGUCGAAGAACUGAAAAGGCUGUUAGACGUAAAAUCCAACGAUGUAAGAGUUCUGGGGUUGUACGGCAUGGGUGGGGUUGGUAAAACAACCCUUGCCAAGACCCUCUUCAACACCCUCGUCGUUCACAAUUUCGAGCGUCGCAGUUUCAUCCCAAAUGUUAGAUCACAAGUCUCCAAACACGGUGGUUUGGUUUCUCUCCAAAACACACUUCGCAGUGAUCUUUCCCAGAGUGGAAAAGACUCAAAAGAGGGUCUCAUAAAUGAUGUAAACGAUGGCAUUGCUGCUAUCAAAAGAAUAGUGCAAGAGAAUCGAGUUUUGUUGAUCUUAGAUGACGUGGAUGAUGUGGAGCAUCUUAACUUUUUGAUGGGUAAGAGGGAAUGGUUUCACAAAGGAAGCCGAGUUGUGAUAACCACAAGGGACAAAGAAGUUUUACGUGAGAGUUAUGUGGACAUGCACUAUGAGGUGAAGGAGUUGAAAUUCUCAGCAGCACUAGAACUAUUUUGUUACCAUGCAAUGAGAAGAAAGGAACCUGCAGAGGGUUUUUUGGAUCUUGCAAACCAAAUUGUGGAGAAGACUCAAGGGUUGCCCUUGGCCUUGGAAGUUUUUGGUUCUUUUCUGUUUGACAAGAGGACGGAGAGGGAAUGGAAAGAUGCAGUGGAGAAGGUGAAGCAGAUUCGACCAGCGUGUCUUCAUGAUGUGCUGAAGAUAAGCUUUGAUGCGUUGGAUGAAGAAGAGAAGUGUGUGUUCCUUGACAUGGCUUGUUUGUUUGUGCAAAUGGAAAUGAAGAGAGAGGAUGUGGUUGAUGUGUUGAAUGGGUGUGGUUUUAGUGGGGAGAUAGCAGUCACUCUGCUUACAGCAAGGUGUUUGAUUAAGAUCAGUGGUGAUGGUAACGUGUGGAUGCAUGAUCAAGUUAGAGACAUGGGGAGGCAGAUUGUGGUUAGUGAAAACCUUGCAGAUGCUGGUCUACGUAGCAGGCUUUGGGAUCGUGGUGAAAUCUUGACCGUGUUGAAGAGUAUGAAGGGAACCAGAAAUGUUCGAGGGAUUGUCUUAGAUUGUGUAAAGAGAAGAAUGUCUAUUCCUGAAGAUCGCUCUGCUGAUAAAAUAACUUGGGAAAACUUUAGACAUAAGCCCAGUUGUAAAUCUGCAUUAGAAUAUAUCAAAGAGAGGCAUAAAAAGUACGUGCGGGAUAGAGAAGAGAAAGGAAAAGAGGUUAUCCUUCAGUCCAAGCACUUUCAACCAAUGGUAUCCUUAAGACUGCUUCAAAUUAAUUAUUCAAGAUUGGAAGGACAAUUCAGAUGUCUUCCUCCAGGACUCAAGUGGUUACAAUGGAAACAAUGUCCAUUAAGGUAUAUGCCUUCUACCUAUAAUCCUUUGGAACUUGCUGUCAUGGAUCUCUCGGAAAGUCAGAUUGAAACGGUGUGGGGCAGACGCAGUAACAAGGUGGCUGAGCACUUGAUGGUUUUAAACCUCUCCAGUUGCCACCGUUUGACAGAAACUCCUGAUUUAACUGGUUAUCUAUCUCUUAAAAAAAUUAUUUUGGAAGAAUGCUCUCAUUUAACUAGGAUUCAUGAAUCACUUGGAGAUCUAUGUUCCUUAGUUCACUUGAACUUGCGCCUCUGCUAUAACCUUAUGGAACUACCUGGUGAUGUCUCUGGGCUGAAACAUCUCGAGGACCUUAUUCUUUCCGACUGCUGGAAAUUGAAAGCAUUACCGGAAGACUUAAGCUGCAUGGUUUCUUUGAGACAACUUCUUCUUGAUAACACUGCUAUAACUGAGCUACCCGAGUCCAUCUUCCACAUGACAAAACUUGAAAAGCUAAGCACAAAUGGAUGCCGCUCUCUGAAGAGGUUACCUACCUGCAUUGGGCAACUCUGCUCCCUGCAAGAAUUGUCACUCAACCAUACAGUAUUGGAGGAGUUGCCAGAUUCUGUUGGUUCUUUGAAAAAACUUGAGAAGCUUAGUUUGAUGGGAUGUAGAUCACUCUCAGUGAUUCCUAACUCCAUUGGAAAACUUAUUGCAUUGGCUCAAUUGUUUUUGAACGGGAGUGGAAUUAAAGAAUUGCCUGCUUCUAUUGAUUCUUUAUCAUAUUUAAGGAAACUGUCUGUUGGAGGCUGUAAUAUUCUUGACAAAUUGCCUGUGUCAAUAGAGGCUUUAGUUUCUUUGGUUGAGCUUCAGUUAGAUAGGACAAAAAUUACCAAUUUUCCUGAUCAAAUGUUUGCGGCCAUGCAAAUGCUGGAAAAGCUUGAGAUGGGAAAAUGUCAGCAUCUCAGGAUUCUACCAGUAUCAUUUGGCUGCCUGUCAGCUCUUACCAGUUUGGACCUGCAUGAGACAAACAUUAUUGAAUUGCCAGAAUCAACAAAAAUGUUGGAAAAUCUUAUUCGGUUGAGGUUAGACAUGUGCAAACAGCUUCAAAGGCUUCCAGACACCAUUGGAAAUUUGAAAUCUUUGCGAUGGUUAUCGAUGAAGGAAACAGCACUUACACAUCUACCUGAUAGCUUUGGGAUGCUUACAAGCCUGGUAAAACUAGACAUGGAAAGAAGGCCCUAUCUUAAUGGGGCUAGAAACAACAUGCCUACCGGGGUCAUAAUUCCUAACAAACACGAAGAACCUAAUUCAGAGGCAAUAUUAACUUCUUUUUGCAAUCUAACCUUGCUGGAAGAGCUAAAUGGUCAUGGAUGGGGAAUAUAUGGAAAAAUUCCAGAUGACUUUGAAAAGCUAUCAUCACUGGAAAUUUUAAGCUUAGGCCACAACAAUAUUUGCAGUCUUCCAGCCAGCAUGACAGGUCUCUCCUAUCUCAAAAAACUUUUGUUGUCAGAUUGCAGGGAGCUCAUGUUUCUGCCUCCUCUUCCCUCUAGCCUAGAAGAGCUUCAUCUUGCAAACUGUACUGCAGUACAGUACAUAUAUGAUAUUUCAAACUUGGGGCGCUUAGAGGAGUUGAACCUUACGAAUUGUGAAAAGGUGAUGGAUAUCCCAGGUCUUGAGCAUUUGAAGUCCUUAAGAAGGUUGUACAUGAGUGGUUGCAUUGGAUGUUCCCUAGCCGUAAAGAGGAGAUUUUCCAAGGUUCUACUUAAAAAAUUAGAGAUUUUGAUUAUGCCUGGAAGCAGAGUCCCGGAUUGGUUUACAGCAGAACCAGUUGUCUUUUCCAAGCGAAGAAACCGUGAGCUUAAAAGUGUUAUUUGUUUUGGUGUUCUCUCUUUCAAUAAUAUACCUGAAAACCAAAGAGAAGGACUGGAGUUAGUGGAUGUUCAAGGAAAAAUCUUCAAUUUGACUGAUAAUGUAUAUAGCACAACGUUUCGCUUACUAGGAUUACCCAGGACAAAUCAAGACCACAUAUUUUUGCGCAGAUUUGGAGUUCGGUCUCCGUUAGUUUUUCAGUUAAAAGAUAAAUAUAUCUUACAUUUGAAAAAGCGAAACCCACCUUUUAUUGAGGGGCUGGAGCUGAAGAACUGUAGAAUUCAAUUGGUUUUUGAAGACGAUGAUGACUAUGAGGGAGACGAAGGAUCACUAGAUGAAAGUCAAUACUCUGUUUCACAAAAAUUAGCCAAGUUCUUCAACUUUGUUUCAGAUGACCCAUGUGUGUGAAUAAAGUUCUUCAGCUGAAUU